UCCGACAGGUCUUUCUUUACAAGAAUGUGAAAUGUGGUAGAUAUACAAACUAAGCAUUCUUGGUUGAGAAGCACAGGUUACUGUAUCGUUUUAAUUCAAAGUGCCCUAAUCUAUACCACAACAAUGAGCCAGGAAGAAAUGGAGGAGCAACAUCCCUGCAAAGAGGCUCAGUUUGUGAAUGACAAUCGUGCAGCGCUCAUUGAAAAGGUUAAUUCAGUAAUGCAUCUGGCAGAUGUUUUGAGAAGUAAGAAGAUGAUAUAUGAAGAAAAAUACUCUGAGAUAAAAGCCGAAAAAACCAACCAAGACAAAAUGCGAACGCUUUUUGAAGCACUGAAUGCUGGAGGAGAUGAAGUUAAAACUGCAUUUCAUAAAGAACUGCUUAAAUGUGAACCGUACCUCUUCAAAGAUCUGGGUAGAAACAGGAAACGCAAGCUUUCUGAUUCUGAAUGCCAAGUAGAGACAAAAUAUAAAAAACCAAAUACUGAAAAUGAAAGACAAAUGAAUAACGAUUUUGUGACACCAGCACCACAAUACAAUGUGACCAUUGUUCAAGAACAGAAACCUGUGCCAACAACAGUCUUGUUAAAUUCACCAAAUGAACCACUGUUUCAAUCACAUGGGUUCCUAAACCAAAAGUUUCCACCAAUCAAGACUGAGAGGAAAACCCUGGCACCCAAGAAAAAAAAACCUGCAACCGAGAAAGCGAAGAAGCCCCCUGCAACAGAAAAGGAAAAGAAGCCCCCUGCAACCAAGAAAGAGAAGAAGCCCCCUGCAACCCAAAAGGAAAAGAAGCCCCCUCCAACAAAGAAAGAGAAGAAGCCCCCUGCAACAAAGAAAGAGAAGAAGCCCCCUGCAACCCAAAAGGAAAAGAAGCCCCCUCCAACAAAGAAAGAGAAGAAGCCCCCUGCAACCCAAAAGGAAAAGAAGCCCCCUGCAGCCAAGAAAGAGAAGAAGCCCCCUGCAACCAAAAAGGAAAAGAAGCCCCCAGCAACCAAAAAGGAAAAGAAGCCCCCUGCAACCAAAAAGGUAAAGAAGCCCCCAGCAACCAAAAAGGAAAAGAAGCCCCCUGCAACCCAAAAGGAAAAGAAGCCCCCUGCAGCCAAGAAAGAGAAGAAGCCCCCUGCAACCAAAAAGGAAAAGAAGCCCCCAGCAACCAAAAAGGAAAAGAAGCCCCCUGCAACCAAAAAGGUAAAGAAGCCCCCUCCAACCAAAAAGGUAAAGAAGCCCCCUGCAACCAAAAAGGUAAAGAAGCCCCCUGCAACCAAAAAGGUAAAGAAGCCCCCUGCACCCAAGAAGGAGAAGAAGCCCCCUGCACCCAAGAAAUAAAAGUUCUUAGCUAAUGUUUUUUUUCCCUAGAAAUGAUGCAUCCACACCGUUCAUGUUAGAUCCCUGAGUUUUAGAGGGAGGUUAAUCAUUUUUAAACUUUAUAAAAAUAUAUAUAUCAUUUAAUAAACGUAUUAGGCUAGUAAAUGCUGAAAUUAACAAAGUAAGUUUAAUAACUGAUACAAAAGUAUUGUUCAAUGUUAGUUUAUGAUAUAAAGCAUUAACUGAUGAUAGUGUUAUAUAAAUGUAGGUAACAUAUUACAAUGGUACAUGUACACUUUGCAGGUGUUAUUAGUUAACAUUAGUAAAUGCAUUAGCUAACAAUUAACAAUUUCGUUUUUCAGCAUGUAUUACUCCUUGUUAAUGUUAGUUGGUGUCUAUACAGUUAUUAAUGUUAGAUCGUGGUUAAUUCCCAAAUGUUAACAGUGACAAGGUUUGAUUUUCAUAAUGUAUUAGUAAAUUCUUGAACUAGUAUUAAUAAAUACUCUAUUAAUAUUUUUUCAUUGUUAGUUCAUUUUGGCUAAUGCAUGAACUAAUUGUUAAUAAAUAGCACUUUAUUGUAUGUGGUACCGAAAUGUAUAUAAAAAUGUCAAAAAAUAUUUUCGAAUUGAUUUGGAAGUGAUUAAAAAUUUCUGUUUUGGUAUUUUUUCACUUUGUUAAUGUUGCAUACACUAUAUGAUUGCUGUAUCCACCCAAUUAUCUGUAAUUAUGCUAUUUAAAAAAGAAUUCAUAAGGUCAACUAACUGUCUGUCAGUGGAAUAAAUUGAAAAAAUUCUAAAAAGUAAAAUCCAGUGAUUUUUAAGAAUAAACAUAUAAUGUAAAAUGC